CGGCUUGCUUGACGCAUUGUUUGUUGAUGGAGGUCGAUAGCCGUUUGUUAUUGUAUUUUACUGUUUCGAUUUUAUUUUAUAAUAAUUACUGUUGUCUCCUCCCGCUUACAGAGUGCUUUUUAUAAACGUAAGUUACACAUAGUGUUUCAAAAGUAUGACCGGCGACACAGAGAAAACCUAUUGCUUCAAAAAUGAAAACAAGUUUGUCGUCAAAAGUGGAUGUAAAAAACGUAUGUGGAGAUCUUUAAAACAAAUAUUGACGGCAGAAAGAGCUCUUCCAUGGCCUAACGAAGCUGUUCUAUACUAUUCCAUCAAUGCCCCGCCAACAUUCAAACCGACUAAGAAAUAUUCAGAUAUAUCUGGCCUCCCCGCGCCGUACAUAGAUCGUCACUCUAAGCUGUUUUACAGCAAUGUGGAGGAGUUUGCUACAGUUAGAAGUUUACCUAUGGAUAUUACAGCUGGAUACCUUCAGUUGAGAGGAGCUAACACAAUUGUAGGAUGAGCUAUAAGGCUUUGAGACAAGUGUUGAAAUAGACUAAGAACCUUUGUUAUGUAACUUUUAUAAAGUUCACAAUAAAGCCUGUAGUGAAUGUGAAAAGUUAACUAUAUUGAAAUAGUGCAGAAUAUUUGCUGAGUUCAUACCCACAGUGUUGUAAUCUAUGCUGAUAUUGUGAUAUUUACUUGUUCUGUAUGUAUAAUAAUUUUAGUUUGUAAUCUUAAGUCCUACUUAGAAAUUAUACUCUAAACUUUACCUACAUAGAAGCUGUUGGUAAAUAAAAUAAUUAACUAAUAAAUAAAUAAUAUGAAUGAUCUUAAAUAUAAAGGUUAAGUAAAUUACAUAA